AUGUCCUCAAACAAUAUCUCCCUUCGCCCCGCCCUCCCCACAGAUGCCCUCACCCUCGCACGACUCCACAACGAGGCAUUCGCCAAUAACGACCUCAUGGAGAUCAUGUACGGACCUCUCACUCAAGACGACCCGCCCUUCGCCGCCGACCUGGAGCAGAUCAUCCGCGACAGUCCCAACGCUCAAAUCUUGAAGGCAGUCGAUGACGAAUCGGGGCGGAUCGUGGGCUGGUCGUGGUGGAGUAUCUACCGGGAUGCAGAGGCCCACGCAAAAGCAGAACAGGAGGCAGUUAAAUGGGAAACCACCCCGCCUACUACAUCGAUUUGUCCGCAGGCGUAUUUAGAUUAUCAUGGUCUGAAGUCGAAGAUGAGGGCAAAGUGGAUUGGGGGGAGGCCAGUCGCCAUCCUGCAAGUCUUGGUUGUUCAUCCAAAGUACCAGGGUCGAGGGCUCGGGAGAAAGUUACUCAAGGUCGGGGUGGAAGAGGCACAGCGUCUCCGGUUGCCCGCGUGGUUGGAGGCUUCCCCGGCUGGGUAUACGCUCUACAAGACAUGUGGAUUCUGUGAUGUAGAAAGUCUGGAUCUGGACUUUGUUGCUUAUGGCUUCCCGGGGCCGAGGCGUGUAUAUUGCAUGUUGAUGGACGACAUUGAUAAGUAG